AUUCAGAGAUGCAUGAGGACAGGCCACUGGGUAUUAUUAUUAUUAUUUAAUUUUUUUAAUCACUUGUCAUUUUCAGUAGGGUCUAGAUCUUUCUCCUCUCUUUAAAUAUUGCACCACCCAUCACACCCCUUUGUUUCAAUUGUCUCAUUGAGCUUCAUUCCAAUACCACAGAUCCAAUUGUAGAAACAGAAAUGGAAGAGGGGCAUGAGUCAGAGAUAUGGGUGGGCUAUGUAGAUUGGAGAAAUAGGCCAGCCAAGAGAAACCGCCAUGGAGGAAUGCUGGCAGCUUCCUUUGUCUUGGUUGUGGAGGUAAUGGAGAAUCUGGCAUUCUUGGCCAAUGCAAGCAACCUUGUGCUGUAUUUGAAAGAUUUCAUGCAUUUUUCGCCAGCCAAGUCAGCAAUCACAGUGACCAAUUUCAUGGGGACGGCUUUCCUUCUCGCCCUCCUUGGUGGCUUCUUAUCUGAUGCAUUCCUGACCACUUAUCACAUGUAUCUGAUCAGUGCAGCUAUUGAGUUUUGGGGGCUGGUAACACUCACAGUUCAAGCUCACCUACCAUAUCUAAAGCCACCGACCUGCACCACGGCAGCCACAAAAACUCCAUGCCAAGAAGUUACAGGCGCCAAGGCCGCCAUGCUGUUUGCAGGCCUUUACAUGGUAUCGUUGGGCGUUGGAGGUAUAAAAGGAUCAUUGCCUGCACAUGGGGCAGAGCAGUUCGAUGAGACCACGCCACAAGGAAGGAAGGGAAGGUCGGCGUUCUUCAACUACUAUGUGUUUUGCCUCGCCUGUGGCGCACUGAUAGCUGUAACUCUAGUGGUCUGGAUUGAAGAUAACAAGGGUUGGCAAUGGGGUUUUGGCGUCUCCACAGCAACGAUAUUGCUCUCUAUUCCUCUCUUCCUUGCUGGAUCUCCUACUUACAGAAAUAAGAUUCCUAAAGGAAGUCCUCUUACUACCAUAGCCAAGGUCUUGACUGCAUCAAUCUACAACACCUGCAUUGCUCGGGCCCCAAGCAAUGCCAUUGCAAGCAUGGUUUUAAGCCCAAGAAACCGAACCCGAAGGCGUGAGGAGGAAGUAGAAGAGGAAGAGAAAGGGGAAUCAAAGUCAUCGAUCGAAACAACCACAUCGGGAGGACUUGAUUUCCUGAAUCGAGCAACUUCGAGCAACCCCAGUUGUCAAAUACUCCAAUGCACAAUAGAUGAAGUGGAAGAGGUAAAGAUAGUGAUAAGGAUCCUUCCCAUUUUCUCUUGCACCAUAAUGCUCAAUUGCUGCCUAGCCCAGCUCUCCACCUUCUCAGUCCAACAAGCAGCAACCAUGAACACCAACGUAGGCUCAUUGAUGGUCCCACCUGCAUCCCUCCCCAUCUUCCCCGUUGUCUUCAUCAUGGUCCUCGCCCCACUCUACAACCACGCCAUUAUCCCAUUCACCAGAAAGCUAACAAAGACGGAGAUGGGCAUAUCGCACCUACAACGGAUCGGUGUAGGACUCGUCCUCUCGAUUGUGGCGAUGGCAGUCGCCGCUUUGGUUGAAGUGAAGCGGAAAUCGUUUGCCUCCCGAUCUGGGCUUCUUGAUUCCAGCCAUCCAUUGCCAAUAACGUUCUUCUGGGUAGCAUUGCAGUACUUGUUCUUGGGGUCAGCUGACCUAUUCACAUUAGCCGGGCUGUUGGAGUUCUUCUUCACAGAAGCGCCUGCAAGCAUGAGAUCGUUGGCGACCGCGCUGUCUUGGGCUUCAUUGGCGAUGGGCUACUAUCUCAGUUCUGUUCUUGUAUCCAUAAUCAAUAGCGUAACAGGCCAUUCGCCAUGGCUAUCCGGCAGCAACUUGAAUCACUACCACCUCGACCGGUUCUACUGGUUGAUGUGUGUGAUGAGCGCGGUGAAUUUCUUGCAUUAUCUCAUGUGGGCUAGCCGCUAUCGGUACAGAUCUGUGGGGAGAGAGGUGUAGAUUGGUGAGAAUGAUGACAACCCCACCAUCUGUGGAUAUUUAUAUUCAUGGGUCAAUUGCCCAUAUACCGAGAAGAUUGAAGAUGUAAAAGUUCAAAGAUGAUGCAUGAGAAGCUACGUAUAUUUUCUGCU